AUGAACUACCUGGUUUACAAUGUUGGUGUAUUCUUUGGAUUAAAAUAUGUCCAAUAUAAAGUUGCAGAAUUUCGAGUGAAAGAGGCCAGAGCAAACGCCAUAUAUGCCAGGAAGCAACAUCACUUUACCAGUAAUCAAAAAACAUGCAACUGCACAGCCUUAUCAAUGCUACCAAACCUUAGGGAAUGCCUUCUAAAUGCUAUUGACACAGAAAGUCUUACAAGGCAGCUUAAAACCAGUCCAGAAAAUCAACUUCAGAUAUGGAAUCAGCUAAAACUAUUAAGUUUCACCCGAACCAUAUCUGCUGUUUAUUUGUGUAGUAUGCUAGCUCUGCUGCUCAGAGUUCAACUCAAUGUUAUUGGAGCAUAUAUUUACAGAGAUAAAUUUAUAGAAAAGACAAGUGAUAUUGAAUCAGAGACUGACAGUCCUACUUUAAACAUACAAGAACGGUUACUUGCAGUAGUGGAACAUUUAUUAGGUGAAGGUCUUAGAACUCUGUCAGAACAUGUGAAGUCAGCUGUGACCAAAGCUAUAGGAAUAAUUUCUCUAAAGGAAAAGCUGACAUCACAACGUGUACAGAACAUAAUACAUCAGGUACGGUUUGCAGUUGAAUGUGAUUGCGAUGCUGGGCCAACUGGAACACCAAGUUGUCAUAAAUUAGCCACAUUUAUAUUGCCGCCAGAAGACAAGCCCGAUGUUGUUCUCAGUUCCAGAUCCAGUGAAGACAUUCUUUUCCACAAAAUGCUAUCUGAAAUUAGAGAUAUUGUCGAGAGCGAUGAUUUUCACACUGUGCUUUUCUUUUGCUUUGAUUUGGGUUUUAUGCAUUUGAAUGAAAAACUCUCAGAGAAUUUCUCCGUUCCUUACAUGGCACACCCACCGAGACGAGCAAAUCUGAGUGUUUCCUCUUCUCAUUUCAGUGAAAUAGAAAUACCAAUGGCAAAGUUCAUCCCAAUUAUCAACAAACAAGUUUACCAUUUAUGUUCAAACACACCAAACAGGUUUUUUCAGAAAUUAUUAAUGAUGAACAAAAUGACAGAUUUGGCUGCAAAUAUAUACGAGGCAUUUACUCAUGAACCAGAAAUCACACCUCCACCAAGACAUUAUUAUUUCUUUUGAUUGAAAAAAAAUCUCUUCUGUUUUUUUCUGAAAUUCCAUCCUGGGUGUUCGGUGAAGCUGAAACUAUUUUCUCAAUACUCAUUUUUCUCCAAAUCAUUCCCUGAAAACAUUCCACUUUCAGAAACUUGAAAGGAAAUCUGAAACCAUUUAUCAUUGAGCGACUAAGUCAACAUUGGAUUAUUUUUAAACAAGGGAUCUAAGAAUCUAUUCCUUGUUGUUUUGUUCUUUCUGGUAACAGAUUCAUCUUAAUUCUACUAGAGCUUGGCAUUAAGAUGUAUAUGUCUUAAGAUAUAUAUAUAUAUAUAUAUAUAUUUAUUUUCACAUACACAAUGGAAUCUUGUUUUAUGAAUUUAAUUCAUUCCUGAAGGCCAUAUGUCACCCAAAAUGUUUUCAAAGCAAAGCUAUUUUUCCCUUAGAAAAUUCAAGACAAGGCCCGCAAAUUUAAGCAGGGAUGUGCCCUGCGCGAAAGCCAAACAGCAAAUGGCACUCCCCUGCUGAUUCUCCCAGCUUUUCAUGAACCUAUGUUGCCAUUUUGCAUGGUCGUUAUUUGAGACACCAUUUGCCAACCAAGACAUUUUGUGUUUGAAAAUAGUUGGUAAGCCAAUUUGUUAAUGAUGACAGGUGCUUGUAAACUGAGGUUUCGCUAUAUACAUAUAUAUAUAUGUAAAUAUAUAUACACACACACAUGUGUACACAUAUAGUUUAAAGAUCUAACAAAAGUUCUCCAAGUGAGGGAUAAAUAUCAGUUUAAAUACACAACCAAAAGAGCUACCAAUAGUUUCAUGCCAUAUAUUUUAUAAAUAUGUCUAAAGUAUCGUAAAAGUGUGAAACUACUAAUAGCUCUUUCAGGUGUGUAUUAAAUUGACACACACACACACAGGGUGGCCCAAAAGUAGGUUUACAGUCAUCACACAGGCACUUUAAAUUUCUUUUAAAGCAUUUUAUUACAUUUUAAAUUUCUAUCUUACAGUUAACUAAAUUAGCAUAGAAUAAUGAUUUCAUAUUUUUUUAAUAAUUAAGAUGUUAAUAUAUGAAUGCAAAAGAGAUAGUUGAAUAACUGUAAACCUACUUUUGGGCCACCCUAUAUAUAUAUAUAUAUAUAUAUAUAAAACCCUAUAGAUGACACAUCCUACUACAGUAUUGAUGUACAUUGAAGUUGAAGGAGGACAAAAUGGUUAAUUUUUAUAUGUAGAAUUCAUUUUUGUUUGUUUCAUUGAUAUUGGUCAUUUAAUUUGGUUUUGUUGAGUCAAUUCAUUAGUGACAUACCAAUCACUUUCAGUUAGUUUUUUUUUUAUUUGUUUUAAGGUUUUAUUGUUGCAACCUCUGUCAUUUCUCUCAGAUGUAUUUGAUAAAUCAUUUCAAAGAAGAUUAAGGCUUAAGUUGGGGGAUAUAAAACUGUCUUAAAUGUUUUGUAGCAGCUAUAACUGAAAACCAAGAUUAUCAUAAACUGUUUGGAUUUCAAACAUUUAUAAGAAUUUGAAUUGUUUGUAAUCAAAUUCAAAAAUCAAGUUAAUAAAAAAAAGCAAUCAUUUUAAUUUAUUUCAUUUAAAAUUCUUCUUUCACUAAUGUGCUUUCCUCUCUGUUUUUUUUACAAAAGCAGAACUGAUUCCAAAUGUGCCAAGGUGUUUGCCAGUAGAAGAUAUAAUGGUUCUGUGGUUAAGAAGCUUGCUUCCUAACCAUGUGGUCUCAGAUUCAGUCUCACUACUAUGGCCCUGGGUCAACCAAAGUCUUGUGAGUCAAUUUGGCAGAUGGAAACUGAAAGACACCUGCCAUGUGUGUGUGUGUGUACACUUGUUUUGAUGUCACAAUGAUUGUAAGCAAGCUUUAUUAUCAUACAUGUGAUACUGUUCAUUUUCAGUCUUCUGUGGAAAACAUUUUUAGCCAUGGAGAAAUAUUUCCUUGCUUGGAAACAAGUGAGAAUUGGCAACAGGAAGGACGUCUGGCCAUAGAAAAUCAUGAUUCCUCAACAAAUUCUAUUUGACUUAUGUGAACAUAGAAUAGAGAUGGAAAUGGGUAGCAACACUUCCAUGUGAUCUUCAACAAUUGUGAAGAUCUCAUCACAUGAAACUGUUGGUUGCCUUGUUAAUCCACAAAUAUAUAUAUUGCAGAUACAAAUGCAAAGCCUUUCCCAGGUAAAGAAUGUACAACCCAACAAAGGUCACUAGUUACUGACUUCAGAAUUAAAACAAGGACUCAGAGAAAUAAACCCUUCUGGACGCUCAAAGACCCAGCAAACCGACAGAAAUAUAGAGAUAUUCUAAUGGAAGCUUCUGAUGUGGAGGAGUUGGGGACAUACAACUGAGAGGACAACUGGAAGUUCCUGUGGGACAAUCUACUGAGGGCUACAGACUAAAUCUGUGGCUGGUGCAAAGACACAGCUAGGCUGAGGGUGACACGGUGGUGGAACAAGGAAGUGGACAGCACUGGAAAGACUGGAGAAAUGGCAGUGGAUGCAGAGAAUUGUAUCAGGUAGCGAGAAGGGAAGUUAAGCAACAGGUUUUCAUAGCAAAAAGAAUAACGGAAGGUAAGAGAUUUGCUAAAGUUAUACAUUAUGAGGAUCAGAGGUGUAAGAUGUUCAGGAUUGCAAAGCAGUGUAUGGGUGAGAAUGGAUAGUGGUAUGCUUACACUUAGCGAUUCAGAGAAGUAAGAUUACUAAGUGUAGAAAAUGCAUGGAAGAAGAGUUUUUUUUUAAAUAUUGAACCAACAGAGGGAUGCACAUGCACCUUCGUCUUGGGAUCACCACUACUUUAUUAUCUCCCCUUCUUCCUAGCUCUCCUGUGUGACUUCUCUGUCCAGCAUUUGCCAUGAUAGAAAUAAACGGAGAGAAAAUAGAAAAGUUUUAGUGGCUAGCAAUCUGUGUUCCUUUCUAUCGAAGAGCGUAGGCUCGAAACAUAAGUCUUUCUCAAUUCCCGAGCAUUAAACUAAUGCAUCUGUUUGUUGUUUACAUACCCGUCUUAUUUUUUUUUUUUUUUUUUUUUUUUUUUUUUGUAAAUUCUCACUAUAUGAUGUAAAACAAAAGCAAGAAAUAAUGAAACACUGAAUUUUGUUUGAACAUUUAUAUUUAUUGAAGCACAUUUUAUAAAUGUUAAUUGUAGGAAUAUUUUUAGAACGGAAUAGCACAGCAACUAUCUGGGACUAAAUAUACAGACCGUGAUAUACAAAGAGAUAAUGUACCUUAGUUAACUACCAGCAGCACCUUUCUGCUGUGUUAACAUGGAAUAGUCAGGAAGAAAGCUGGCAGAAGGAAAAUUAUGGAAGCAGUAAAAUCUGACUCAGCUUUCUUAAACCCUUGGGAAAUUUGUUCAGAAACAGGAGAGAUAUAUAUAUAUAUGUGUGUGUGUAUGUAUAUAACACAGCAGAAAAUCUCAUUAGGUGUGAUUCCAUUUAUAAUUGCCCCAAGCUUUAAACAAAUUACUCCUCAAUAUAUAUAUAAAUUUAUUUUAAUUAAGACUUAAUGCUGUUAUUGCUUAAUUAAUAUUCUUCAUAUUAUCUGGGGGAGGAAAAAAAUAGCAAAUUAAGACUUACCCAAAAGCCUAUUACUUAAAGCUUUUUUUGUUUAAUCAUUACAAAAUAUAGUAUCGUUCGCUAAAUGUUUGUAUUUUCUAUUGCUUCUAGAAUUUAAGUUUAAGAUAUUGCAAUGUUGAGGUAAAAGUACCAAAGAAAUGCCUAUUUGUCAUCAUACCUGCCGUUUUUAAAACUAUUUUGUUUAAAUCAAAAUAUUCUGGUCGAUGCAAGUUGUUAGUAAAAGACUUAAUAACGAGUAGUCAAAUAUCGACUACUGACUUUUAAUAAUUAUUCUGCCUAAUCACAUUGUCUGCUUCGAUGUUAAUGAAAAAAAAGUCUUUAUGGAAUUAAGCCUGUAAUAUUUAAAUUUAUUAACGAUUAAAAACAUAACUAACUUGAGGUGUUGGGAUUUUGAAAAUGUUAAAAACGAAACCAUUUUUUUUUUGUUUUUUUAAUUCCUAUUUUAGUGCCUGUUUAGACAUGGCAGAGACUCGUAAAAAAAUGCUGAUAUCAAAUUGAAUUUUAUUUAAAAAUAAUUCUUCAAUUCCAAAUUAUUGAUGAGAAAUAUUAAAAAGAAGAAAAUUAUGAAGAAAAUAAAAAAGGUUGAUAUAAAAAUAGGAA